AUGAAGUUCACAGGGGUUGCUGUUUCUUUGGCCUUGACAGGCAUGGCUUCUGCUGCUGCGCUUCCUCCAAUGAUCCCGGGUACAGGAAGCCUCACCGGGAGCCUCUACAGCCUCGGCAGUGGUGCGGGAGGACUGCAAGGCGCGAGCGCUGCGGAGGGCGUUUUGGGGGGCAUCGGCAAGCGUGAGCCUGGAACUGCUGGCCUCCCCGGUGCUGAGAGUCUGAUUGGAGGUCUUGGUGGCCUCGGUGGUGCUGGCGGUGGCUUGCAAGGUGCAAACGGUCUUAUCGGAGGGCUCGGUCGUCCCAGCACGGGUGGUCUUAACGAUAGGGCCAGUGACACCUCUGAUGUUGUUGGUGAGGCAUCAAACAAGUCGCGCGGUGAAAAGGGGCAAGGUGCCAUUGGAGGAACCCCCAUCCCCGGUCUUCCAAAGCGUCAGCUUGCGGCAGCACAACCAGUCACCAACGGAGCUGGAAGCUCGCUCAACGGUGCCACGGGCACCGCCGGCAGUGCAGUUGGUACGGGUGAGAGCACCGGCCAGGGCGCUGCGGGUACGGCUGAGCAAAUGGUCGCCAACGCCGGCCACCUCAAGCCCCGAUCCGAUGUCCUUGGUCUUCUCGGCACAAAGAGCCUUGGCGGAGCUGGUGAUGUUAUUGGUGGUCUGACUAAAGGUUUCACGGGCGGCUCAGGCAUUACCGAGCGUCAGCUUGAUGCCAUGAGCCCUGUCACUGAGGCUGUCGGCAGUUCGAUGAAUGGGGUCACUGGCACAGGUGGCAGCGCUGUUGGUACCGCCGAGAGCACUGGCGCGAGCGUUGUUGGAACAGCUGAAAGCUCCGUCUCGGGUUCUGGACGUGUUGUCAAGCGUCAAUUCGGAAACCUUCCCGCCACCACCUCCCAGACUGGCUCUGACCUGAUGGCUGGUGUUUCUGGAAACCCAAGUGGCAUGUACGGUGCUCUCAACAACCUGCGAACUGUGAUUAACGCCGGUCAGAUCACCCCGAGUGAUAUCUCCAACAUGCCCGAGGCUGUCCAGCGCGUCAUUGCCAAUCUCGCCGUGGCCUAA